CCUGAUGUCACAGAGCCCCAUCCCCUCCCUCUUCCCUUCAAUCCCUCCUCAGGGAGACUAGCACCGCCCCGUGAUGAUGUCAUAAUGACCACCCCUCCCACCUUCCGUUAGCUCCUAGUCUUGUCUUCAGUGGAGGGCAUGUGGGGCCCAGAGCAGCUGGAGGUCUGCGUGCCCCUCACCCAAUGCCCUCCCCUUCAGCCUUUUUGCCCCUUUCCUCCGCCAUUUUCUCCUCCAUUAGGUCCAUCUUACCACCAUCUUCAAGGCUGACAAUCCUAACGGUCCUACUAGUGCCUCAGUGUCUGUGAGGGAGGGACGCUGAUUAAUACCAGUGGCGGAGGUGCUGUUCCUCUCACAGACGCCAGCCCAGUCGUAACUGGACCAAGACCAGCAAGGUGACUCAUGGAGGGGGACGUGCAACGGUUUACUUCCUUCAACCAUGACGCCAGUGUCCCUGCUGGCCUCAGAGCACUGUAUGAGGGGGGAUUGCUUCUUGAUGUCACCCUAGUUAUUGACGAUCAGCAAUUCCGGGCCCAUAAAGCACUCCUUGCCACCCAGAGUGACUACUUUAAGAAAAUGUUCACAGCUGAGAGUGGGAAGGGAGAUCAGGACCCCAUUCCUUUGCAUGGUCUGACUGCUACAGCCUUCAGACAUAUCCUAAAAUUCAUGUAUUAUGGAACUAUAGAACUGGAUAUGAAUACUGUUUAUGAAAUCCUGCAGGCUGCCAUCAAUAUUAAAGUUAAACAAGUGGUGACUUUCUGCUGCUCUUUUCUCCUAUCCAGAAUGUCCUUAGAAAAUUCUGGAGAAAUUUUGAAAUUCUUAGAUGAAUUUGGUAUAACCAUGGAGAGCGCCAGAGAGAAGUUGUUUUCAUGAACUUUCAUGCACUUCAAACCAUUUCUGUUAACUUUAAAAAGUCUCUUUUCCUAGAAGAUUUUUUUUAACUUUGAUGUCCUGUGUCUCACCUGCGAUUUGCUUUCCCCCCCACAGGAUACAAAAACUGUUUUGAGAUUACUCAAAUUAAAUUGACCUCUA